UUCUAAUAAGAUAUUGUUGAGAAAACACGAAAAAGGACAUAUACAAGAAAAGCCUUACAAAUGUGAAAAAUGUUCGGCUUCAUAUAAUGUUCUUACAAAUCUUCAAUUACAUCAAAUGCUUUGUUCAAAUGAGGACAAAACUUUAAAAUGUCCAAUAUGUAAUAAAAUAUUUUCCCGUUUUGCAAGUUUAAAAUCACAUUUGGCAAUUCAUCAGAGUGAUGAUCAAUUGUUUUGCCCUGAAUGUGAAAAACCGUUUGAUACACAAUUGCAAGUUGACAUACAUAUGAAGACUCAUGACAAAAUUCGAAAGUAUACAUGGCAGUGUCGUUUAUGCAAAGAAGAAUUUUCCAAUCAAACUUCCUAUAGAAGCCAUGUUGCAGAACAUAGUAAGAUUCGCCAACUAUUAAGUACAUUAAAAACUAAAUCAACUGGUAAACGAGCAGGUUUUAAACGGAAUAAAAUAGGCAGACAUGUGUGUAUGGUUUGUUCUAAAUCAUUUGCCAAGUAUAGUUUAUUAACUCGACACUCUCGAGUUCAUAGUGGUGAAAAACCAUUUAAAUGUAAAACAUGUGGGAGCGCGUUUAGUCAAAAGAAUACCUUAAAAAUACAUAUGCAUAAACAUACUGGAACUCGACCAUAUAAGUGUUCACUGUGUUCAGCUGCAUUUGGUCAAAUAGGUAAUCUUCGCGUACAUAUCAUUAGAGUUCAUUCAUUAGAAAGAAAUGGAAACACUUUUCCAUGCAAUGAGUGUGAGUGUAUCUUUAGGAAGUUAAGUACAUUAAAUGCCCAUAUAAAUCGUGUCCACAAUAAUCUACCUACUGAAAAUUCAUCGAGUCCAUUCAAUGUUAUAAAAGAAAUAAUGAUGUUGAACAAAGCAAUGACAUCUGUAAAUAAUGAUAAAUCAACUGAUAUAUUACAACAAGCUGUUGAGAAUUCAGCUAUACAAGAUACAACGUCCAGACAAAAUUCUUGGGAUAAUAGUGAGAAUAACAAAAUAAAUAAAUCACAAGAUACAACCGUUCAAAUUAAGAAUGAGAAUUUAUCUGAAACAACAUCAGCGACGACCAAUGAUAUUGAAAUACGACCAAUUGCAUUAGCGGAUCGAGGACCAGAUGGUACACUUCGUAGACAUGUUGUUUAUCAACGUAAAGUUGGUAAUAUUCGUUGGCAUCAAUGUUCGUAUUGUCCGAAAGAAUUUAAAAAACCGUCGGAUUUAGUUAGGCAUAUACGAAUCCAUACAAAUGAAAAACCUUAUAAGUGUCACAUUUGUGAAAGAAGUUUUACAGUCAAAACAACCUUAACAUCUCAUUUGAGAACGCAUACAAAUCAAAAGACAAAAAAACCAUUAAGAGUACAGAAAGAAAAUACGAUAUGUGAUGGAAAUGGAAAUGGAACUGCCGUAGAUAAUCCAGAGAAUUCAACUGAAAUUACAGUUACCAAUCAAUGUCCAUUCUGUAAUAAAAAAAUUCCAAACAAAAAGUUAUUAGAAUCACACAUUAAAAGACAUGAAUUAAAAUCGAAUUUAAAUUCAAAUAAAAGUUUACUUUCGAAUAUUCAAUUGCAUGAACCAUUUUAUGUGACUGAUAAAGGUACGAUAGAAUCAUACGUGUCUCCGAAAAAUCGUACUAAUUAUUCAGAGAUUCGACCUCAUACAUGUAUGCAAUGUAACGCAGCAUUCCGUAAAAUGAGUCAUUUAAAACAACAUUUGCGUAUACAUUCCAAUGAGAAACCAUUUGCAUGCAAUAUUUGUAACAGAAAUUUUCGAUCUUCUGGUGUUUUAAAAAAUCAUAAAAGAUCCCAUGAUGGAAUACGACCGUAUAGCUGUAAAGAAUGUAAUCAAGUAUUUAGUACAAGUGGAAGUUUGCAAAGACAUUUAUUAUCACAUAGUACAAGAAGACCAUUUUUAUGCCCAUAUUGUCAUAAAAGUUUUAAAACCUUUUCAAAUUGUCGAAAACAUAUAACAACUCACAAACUUGAUGUAGCUAUGAGCGCUCUUCAGCAAGAUGAAGAAUCUAAAGCAACAAAUGAAACUGUUUUAAAUGAAGGAAUAAAUUAUACGACUGAUCAAAAUACUCAAGCUAUCAGUAAUGAAGAGGUAAAUGUGACAAGUGCUGAAAAUUGUAUUAAUGUAUCUGCAACACAGGCGAUAAAUGUGAUAAAUACGUUAAUUGCAGAUGAAACUGGAAACGUUACUCUAGCAGAACUAAACACAUCCAAUAUACCUGUGGAUAUUCUACUAAAUGUUCAAGAAUCGUUAGACAAAAAUUUAAUGCCAACAUCGGAAAGUUUAGAUGAUAUUAUAACUGAAACAAAUGUUGUAUCAGAAACUUUGCAAAGCGUUGAUGUUGAAAAUAACAAUCCCAUAAAUGUUGUAUUUACGGUUUCUGAAGAGAAUGAUAAUAUGUUAUUAGAAGUGUCAAAACAAGAAAAUACAUUAAAUAAUUUUCAAGAAGUAACAUUAGCCACUGAGGCAGUAACUGCUCCUGAUUUUUUUAUUAGUAACAAAAUCAAUAAUGCUUUAGAAAUUGUACAAGACAUUCCAGAAGCACCAUCGAAUCCUAAUAGUAUUUUAGUACCUGAAAUAAUAAAUUUUGAGGAUGUUAAUAAAGUGAAGAAAAAUCAGUGCACCUAUUGUACAAAAACUUUUCGUAAACCAUCCGAUUUGACACGUCAUAUUCGCACACACACGGGAGAAAGACCGUUUUUUUGUAACAUUUGUAAUAAAAAAUUUUCUUUGAAUUCUACUCUAAAAAGUCAUUUAAAAAUUCAUGGUUCAAUCACCAAAGAUUUUGUUUGUACUGUUUGCAGUAAAACUUUUGUUACAAAAGGAAGUUUAAAAGUUCAUAUGAGAUUACAUACUGGUUUAAGACCGUUUCCAUGUGAUUACUGUGGACUGCGAUUUCGUACAUCUGGUCAUAAAUUGGCACACCAUCAGGCACAUUUAAAAGAAAUUGAACGACAAAAAAGUGAUUCUAACAGUAAAAGUUCAAAAAAUUUUCGAACUAAAAAUAAAAUGCGAAAGUUACAUGAUGGUAUUUUCGUAUUAGAAAAUGAAUCAAAUUUAAAUUCUGAUAAUGUCGACAAUAAAUUGGUUAAUGAAACAGAUAAAAAUAACGAAAAUCAAGACUUCGAGACCAUUUAUUUCGUACAAAAACAAAUGGAAAUGGAAAAUUUAUCACAGCUUCAAGAAAAUCCAAUAAAUAUAGCUAUAAGUCCAUUAGAUGCGGAUGUUUUGAAAUCAUUGAAUUCUCAAGAAUGUAUGGAUUUCAAUGAAAUUAUUGUUCAAUCUGUGGAUUCACAAAAUUUAGUAACUAAUAAUGAAUGUGAAAUAACUCAAAAUUUAAUUCAAACUCAGGAUCAUAAUAAUUUUCCUAAUGCCGAACAAGAAGUUCAAGAAAAGAAAAUGUUUUUAUGCGGAUUUUGUUUGAAAAUUUUUGAAAAGUCUAGUCAGUUACAACGUCAUUUACGUAUUCAUACUGGAGAACGUCCUUUUGUUUGUAAUUUUUGUAACAAAUCAUUCAAUCAGAAGAAUGCAUUAGAUCGGCAUUUAAAAACUCAUUUAGACCAUCGACCAUAUGAAUGUCCUCAUUGUGAACAUAAGUUCACUCAAAAAGGAAAUUUAAAAACUCAUAUCCAAAGGACACAUGAAUCUGGAAAAGUUACUGUUGAUACUUUACUAGCAAGUUGA